AACACAUAAAAGAGUGUUAGUGUAUUCUCCUAUUUUAUAGAGAGAAGUGUUGUGCCAUAUUACAAGAGAUGGUGUAAUUAUUCUUGUAUUUAGAGAGAAAUUAUAAUUUUCUUUACUUAUUAAAAAUAUUUCCUUUGUCUUAUUUAUGAUUUUUUUCUCUAUAUUAUUUUUCGUUAAAAUAUUGUGCGUUAAUUUGUAUAUUUUUCACCUCUUAUUUUAGUUGCUAAUUAUUAAUUUUGUUACUUUGGUAACCAACAUCAGUGAGUCAGCGACUUCAAUUUUCUGGUUAUAAUAUAAUAUUAUAUAAAAGGGCUUUGAUUCAUUGGGGAGACAUGGAGAUUAUUCAAGCUUCUAACGAGGGAAGACAGACGUCAAUGGGUUUGGUGUACGAGCAAUUUAUAUGGGCAUUUCUUGUUGGGUGCACGUUCAUUAGUGUAUUAUCUCAUCCUGAUGAAGCAGCUCCAAAGUACACAUUUUUAAAAGAAGCAACAUCUGCUCCACAAAUCUUAACUUAUGACUACAUAGUGAUUGGUGGAGGAACAUGUGGGUGUCCACUAGCAGCAACUCUCUCACAAGGUGCAGGAGUUUUAGUCCUUGAAAGGGGGGGCUCUCCUUACACAAACCCUGAGCGAAUCAACAUAAAGAACUUUGGGAAUUCCCUCGUUGACAUAAGCCCUUCAUCAUUUUCCCAGCCAUUCAUAUCCAGAGAUGGUGUCCUCAAUUCGCGGGCUCGUGUCCUGGGUGGUGGCUCUGUCGUGAAUGCAGGAUUCUAUUCAAGGGCUAGCUCCACCUACAUAAGAGAUUCUGGUUGGAAUGAAACUUUGGCUGAGGACUCAUAUAUAUGGGUUGAAAAAAAAGUGGUCUUUGAGCCCCUUCUGAUGCAGUGGCAAUCAGCAGUCAGGGAUGGAUUACUUGAAGUAGGUGUGUUGCCCAACAAUGGUUUUACUUUUGAUCACUUAUAUGGGACUAAGGUUGGAGGGACAAUUUUUGAUAAGGAGGGUAACAGGUACACAGCAGCUGAUUUGUUAGAGUAUGCUGAUCCCAAGAGAAUUUCUGUUUAUCUCCAUGCCACGGUGCAGAAGAUACUAUUUAAGUAUAACACAGAAAAAAGAAGGCAACAAGCUUAUGGAGUAAUUUUCAAAGAUGCAUUGGGAGUGAUGCAUAGAGCAUACUUAAGCACACAAGGAAAGAGUGAGAUAAUCUUAUCAGCUGGUGCAAUUGGAAGCCCACAGUUGCUGAUGCUAAGUGGGAUUGGUCCUGCAAACCAUCUUCAAGCUCAUGGAAUAAAAGUGGUUUUGGAUCAGCCCUUUGUGGGUCAAGGGAUGGCAGAUAAUCCAUUGAAUGUUCUAGUGGUUCCUUCCCCUGUGCCUGUUGAAGUCUCUCUUGUCCAAACAGUGGGCAUCACUAAGUUUGGUAGCUUCAUUGAAGCAGCCAGUGGACUGAGCUUGGGCCAUUCUUGGUCGGAAAGGCUUCAAGGGAUUUUUGAAUUUGUGUCAAACCAGUCUGGUGAGCCUUCCACGUUUCCCCCAGAAGCUAAGGAGAGUGUUGCAGACACUAUUAGAUUUUUAACCAAUCCAACUCUUAAAGGAGGAGUCAUAGGUGAAAAGGUCACAGGACCACGCUCUACGGGUCAUUUGGAGCUUAUAACCACAAAUCCCAAUGAUAACCCAUCAGUUACCUUCAACUAUUUUAAGGAUCCAGAAGACUUAAAGAAGUGUGUUGAAGGCAUGAGAAUCGUCAUAGAUGUGAUAAACUCAAAAGCAUUCUCAAAGUUUCGCUACCACAACAUGCCGGUCCAAGCUCUAAUAGACUUGAUGUUGCACUUACCAGUUAACUUGAGGCCUAAACAUGCUAAUGCUGCCUUCUCUUUAGAACAGUAUUGCAUAGACACUGUGCUAACAAUUUAUCAUUACCAUGGAGGGUGCCAAUCUGGUAAAGUUGUCGAUCAUAAUUAUAAGGUUAUUGGUGUUGAAGCUUUGAGGGUAAUUGAUGGAUCCACUUUUCAUGGCUCACCGGGUACAAAUCCUCAAGCUACUGUAAUGAUGCUUGGAAGGUAUAUGGGAGAAAAGAUUAUAAAGGAAGAUUCUUCCAUAGGCGGAAGUGAAGGGAUCAAUUGAGUUCAUAUUUUCCGUUGUUCCAUAUUUGUGUUGUUCUUCGCAUGAUUUCUCUCACGAGUCACAAUUUAUAUCAGUGAUUGCCAAUAUAUAUUGCUACACUUUUAACUCUAAAACGAACUUAUUAAUACAUCCAAAUUACUGCCUA